GUUCCGGCGCCGCCGGGUCUGGGUUCCGGGUUCGUUUCCCUGGUUUCCGGGCCGGGCUGGUGUCUCCCGCUGCCGGGAGGAGCGGCGGCCUUCGGGUGUCGGGACUCGCCGGCCGAGCUCCCGCCAGUCCCGUGGCUCCCCGCCGGCCCGGUCUCGGGUCGCGUCGCCUUCCCCGCCCAAUGGAGUCCCAGUGCGACUACUCGAUGUAUUUCCCGGCCGUGCCGCUGCCGCCACGCGCCGAGCUGGCUGGGGACCCGGGCCGGUACCGGGCGCUGCCCCGGCGCAAUCAUCUGUACCUGGGGCCCCUUCUCACCCACGGCCCGGGCCCUGCUACCUCAGGGGGAGCGACCACGCUGCCUGUGGAAGAGCCGAUCGUGUCCACAGAUGAGGUCAUUUUCCCACUCACUGUUUCACUGGAUAGACUGCCCCCAGGGACACCCAAGGCCAAGAUUGUAGUGACCGUGUGGAAGCGCGAGGUCGAGGCACCGGAAGUCAGAGAUCAAGGCUAUCUGCGCUUGCUACAAACUCGAUCUCCUGGGGAGACUUUCCGUGGAGAACAGAGCGCCUUCAAGGCCCAAGUGAGCACCCUGCUGACGCUGCUUCCCCCUCCAGUUCUGAAAUGCCGGCAGUUCACUGUGGCUGGAAAACACUUGACUGUGCUCAAGGUGCUGAACAGCUCUUCCCAGGAGGAGAUCUCCAUCUGGGAUAUCCGAAUCCUCCCCAACUUCAAUGCCAGUUAUCUACCUGUCAUGCCUGAUGGCUCUGUACUGCUGGUGGACAAUGUCUGUCACCAGUCUGGGGAAGUCUCCAUGGGCUCCUUCUGUCGGCUUCCUGGUACCUCUGGCUACUUCCCUUGUCCUCUUAGUGCCCUGGAGGAACACAACUUCCUGUUUCAGCUGAGAGGGGGUGAGCAGCCCCCUCCUGGGGCCAAGGAGGGUCUUGAAGUCCCCUUGAUUGCCGUGGUUCAGUGGUCCACCCCAAAACUGCCCUUCACCCAGAGCAUCUACACCCACUACCGCCUGCCCAGUGUCCGCCUAGACCGCCCCUGCUUUGUGAUGACCGCUUCUUGUGAAUCCCCUGUUCGGACCUACGAGCGUUUCACUGUCACCUACACGCUGCUCAACAACCUCCAAGACUUCCUUGCUGUGAGGCUUGUGUGGACCCCGGAACACGCACAGGCUGGAAAGCAGCUGUGUGAAGAGGAGCGCCGGGCCAUGCAAGCAGCCCUGGACUCCAUUGUCUGCCACACACCCCUCAAUAACCUUGGCUUCUCCCGGAAGGGCAGCGCGCUUACCUUCAGUGUGGCCUUCCAGGCUCUGAGGACGGGGCUCUUUGAGCUGAGCCAGCACAUGAAACUGAAGCUGCAGUUCACUGCCAGUGUGUCCCACCCUCCGCCUGAGGCCCGGCCCCUGUCCCGCAAGAGCAGCCCCAGCAGCCCUGCCGUCCGCGACCUGGUGGAAAGACACCAGGCCAGCCUAGGCCGCUCUCAGUCCUUCUCCCACCAGCAGCCUUCCCGUAGUCACCUCAUGAGGUCUGGCAGCGUGAUGGAGCGCAGGGCCAUCACACCCCCUGUGGCCUCCCCCGUCGGUCGUCCCCUCUACCUGCCCCCGGACAAGGCUGUGCUUUCUCUAGACAAGAUUGCCAAGCGCGAGUGUAAAGUCCUGGUGGUGGAGCCCGUCAAGUAGCACCAAUCUGCUCACUCAGCUCUGGACACUCCAGAAACCCUAAGCCCCCGGAGGGCUCCUUGUUCCUAGGCUGCGCCUCCCCCUGUAGGCAGAGAGGCCCUGCAGGGCUGUCUGUCUGUGUCUGCUGGUGAGGGAUAAGGGCAGAAGCUGUGAAAUGGGCAGCAUGGCUGCAGCUCAGCCAACAGUAUUCCCCAAGUUCUCAUGGGGGGGGCUGGCCCCACCCCAGCAGGGCAAGGGCUGCAGGCGCUCCCUUGCCCCAGCCCUUCACUUUGUCCCGAGUUUACAGAGUAUUCUCCUUCCUGUUCAAUCCUCUCUGCCUCUGAAAUUCCCUUCCACCCACCCGCAGGGCUGAGAUUAGAGGGUGGUAGUGGUAAAGGGACCCCAACAAUGACAAUGACUCUCCUGUCUCAGGGGUUGGGGACAUAGCUAGGUGGCCUCUUUCUGCCCCUCAUGUUUACGUUGGCAGCCUGAAGCACUUUAAGUUCUGUUUUCUUGUUUUGUGUUUUUUUUUUUUCGUCUGUUCCUGUAACUUAUUCUCUGACUCCGUCUCCAACUGAAGUAAACUAUUAAAAGCUAUUCAGGAGGGA